GCACUUCUGAUUCGCGCAGUGUUUCGGUUUUAACGGGACACUUCCAGUUGCGUCGCGUUUGCGUCGCGUUUUCCGGUGCGCGGUGCGGCGGCUGUUUGACGCGCGUGCGACUGUUCAACCGCGGGUUUUCCGUGGGAGGAGCCUGAGCUGAUGCGAUCAGAUGUGAGCGUAAAUCGUUGCGUUUGUUUCCGUCCACAUGGAGAAACACGGAAACGUCCGUCGCGCGCUGAACCCAUACAAAUCCGGAGACCGGACAAAUUAACGGGAGCGGAGCAGCGGUCGAGCCGUUGCAAACGGGACUGACGAAAGAAAAUCAACAACAGAUCUGCACCGGGACUGUAUUUCUUCCUGCGGUGUUUCUCGAUCUGGACUAUCCCAUCAUCAAUCACCUCCUCAUACUCUGACUUUUCUCCAAAAAACUGCACCGGGACCAUGAUGAAGCUGCUCUUCACUCUCCUCUGUCUCUGCCUUUUAAAGAUGGGUGGCUUUUCUUCAUCUGUCAAUCAAGACGACGUCCAAUCAGAUGUGCAGUGUUACGACUGGGGUGUGCGGAGCGAGGGUUCGGUGCGGGUGUACGAGGGCGAGGUGGUGCCGCUUUACUGUCCUCUGUUUUCUCACCCGACACUCUAUAACUACAGUCAGACUCAGAACAGCAGCCUGUCCCUGCUGUGGUACCGGCACACACACACACAAGAGCUGGAGCAGCCCAUCAACCUCAAACUGCACACUCUGCACAAAGAGAAAGAGUAUCUGUGGAUCCAGCCGGCCGCCGCGCAGGACGCCGGACUCUACAUCUGCAUGCUCCGUAAUCUUUCAUCAUGUGUGAAGAUCGGUGUGGAGCUGGAGGUUGUUCAUCGGGAAGGCCACUGUGACCCCAAAGCUGAAGCUCAUCUGAACAUGACCAUCCCCAUCCAGAGCGACCGCAAGCUGCAAUGUCCCGACCUCAACACACUCACACUGCCUAACAGCACUCACUCCGUCAUCUGGUACCAUGACAGAGAUGACUUAUUAUGGUGAUAAGACGAAAGAGCGAUUGCUGUAUGUGAUGGAUUUUUCAGCUGAUGACCUGCAGAGGGAGUUUAACUGUUCUGCCAGAAACAGACACGGCUUCAACACCAGCAGAGCACGACUCAAAGCUGAACCAUAUGUGCCGACGCUGGAGCUGAGCUGUGGUUUAGGGGUGACGCUAGCACUCAUGUUGAUGAUGUUCGUCAUUUAUCACGUCUUCUGGCUGGAGCUCCUGCUGCUCUAUCGCUCCUGGUUCGGCUCUGAUGAGAGAUACACCGAUGAGAAGCAGUAUGACGUGUACAUCUCAUACGCUCGUAACAGUGAGGAGGAGCAGUUCGUGUUGUCCACACUGCGUCGCGUGCUGGAGACCGAGUUCGGCUACUCCGUCUGCAUCUUCGACCGCGACAGCCUUCCUGGAGGAACUAUAACAGAUGACACUCUGCGGUUUGUGGCUCAGAGCAGGCGUCUGGUGGUAGUGGUGAGUCCUCUGAGUGCGGUGCGGGGGACGCAGGCUCUGCUGGAGCUUCAGGCUGGUCUCUCCAGCAUGCUGCGCGGCGGGAGCCUCCGGGUGGUUCUGAUCCAGUUCAGAGCCGUCCGGAGGAAGAGCUGGGCCAAAGAGCUGCGGCGCGCGAGACUGGCGCUCACACUCAUCCGCUGGAAAGGGGACAAGUCUGAGCCGCUGUCCUCACGCUUCUGGAAACAACUCCAGCUCGAGCUGCCCAUGAGGAGGAGCACAACACACACACCGCUGCCUGACAUCACACAACACACACACACUACAGACACAAACGCACAUGCAGGAGAGCAGAAACUCCUCCAUCCCGAAUCCACCACCGCUGUAUAGACUUAAUACAGCUUUACAGGGCAUCACUAUAGAGUGUAAAACAUGUUAACAUUUUUAAUACUUUGUUAUUCACAAGUUUUUUUUUAUUUAUUUGCGGUUGUGAAUUGCAUUUUGAGAUGUUGCUCUUUGCUCUGUCGACUUUUAAUGUUAAAAAUUCAACUCUACAGUUUAACAGUGACUUUUAUUGACGUUUUAGUAGUUUGAAAUGGAGAUCUGCGCGGGACUGAAAUUUCCCGCCACGUUUUCUACCCUACCCGACCGUUCCUGAUAAAAAUUUAGAUCUGGUAUCCAAAAUCUCACGUUAAAUUGGAUACUAUUAAAAGAGAGAGAUAACAGAUAAAAGCGUAGGUUGUGCAAGGAUUGUAGACUUAGGGCUCUAUUU